AUGGAAAGUAGGGCCAAUGAUGAAAAAGCUGCUGAUGUGAACUGCUGUCGUUUUACUCGGUCUUUGGUUGGAGAGUUUGCUGUGGAGAGGAAGUUCCAGAAACUAUAUACGGAUGCGAAGUUCGUUGAAGUCCAGAUCCAAUGUAUGCGGGUAUGUUACGUAACACCUAUUACUUCGAAAGUAGUUUCUGAUGUGGAGGUUGAGCAUACGGUGUCUGACAAAGUAUGGGUAUGGUCCAAGUUCUUGAGAAAGGAAAUAUCUUUGGCAGGCCGGAAGCGUAUAUACGUCGUGAUGUUCAACAAGGAGACCUCAUUUGCAAAGUGUGACUGCAAACAUUUCGAGUGCCACGGCAUUAUGUGUAGGCACAUCAUUAAGGUGUUGGACAUGGAGGAUGUGGAAAAUGUGCCUGCUGGAUAUAUAGUUGACCGAUGGAGGAAAGAUAUACAACGCAAGCACACUCUUGUGAAGGUUGCUUAUCACGAUCCCGAGAAAACAGAAGAAGUUAAGCGCUAUGACCGGAUUAUGAAUGCGGUGGAACCUGCUGCCCUCCGUGGAUCACUUUCCAAGCAGAAGCUGGAUUUGGUCAUAGAAGGUAUUAUGAAUAUUGUGUUACGUCUUGAUGAGAGUGAUGCUCUUUCAGCAGUUGGUGAUAACGAAGCUGGUGCACUGACUUCCGGGGGGAACAGGAUGGCGAUUGUUGGUCCUACGACACCAGGCUCCGUUAACAAACCUCCAAACAGCGUUGGGGAUGAUACUACCACACUUACCCCCCCUGUUAUGGUUAAAGAUCCUGUUCCACGCGGUGAGAAUAAAAACCCCGCAAGGAAGCAAGUCAGGAAAAACUAG